CUUGCAUUUUGUUUGUUUACAGAGUUCGGAAGCGAAACCGGUUAAUUUUUGACUUUGAAUUUGAAAUUAAUAUUGAACAAAUAAACAGUAAUGAGUGUUGAAUUUGGUGAAAUUAUUGAGCCUUCAACGCGAGCAUUCUGGGAUGAUUACGAUGAAAGCGAGGAUGGUGCUGCACCUUUGCUACCAUACGAAUGGGACUGGUUAAACGAGGACAACACCGAACAAAAGAUCGACAACGUAAAAUUGCUGCUGAUUUUGGAAGGUCAAGCGAUAUCUAGUUUUGUUGGAACAGCUGUCUUGAAGGGCCGAUCGCCAAUCUGUCGGUUGAACAAUGGAUCCACCAGCAUUUACUACAACCCCGAUAAAGCUACAUUGAUUUGUCUGUCCGAAGAAAAGGAUCUUAAUAACUUUGGUCGUAUAACUGAAAAACUGGUGCACUGGCUCGGAUCUGCCGAGCAAGUUGCUGCUGUUUCGUUCCAACCAAGUGUAAUGCACAAAGGAACCAGUUCCCGCGAGACGGAAGAAGCAUGCUUUAUUCAAGCAAUCAAUGGACAAGUUAAAACAAUCCCAGAACUGGAAGCGCCAAACGUUAUUACUGGAAUUUCGGCAGGUGCACUCAGUUACAGAAAGUUUAAAGACCUGGAAGCAUCUGCAUAUGUGUGCUAUUUAGAUUCGUCGGUUUUGGAUUCGGUUUCUACCAAACCGAUUCUGAGAUUGCUCAACUCUCUGUCUGUUGAUUGCGAUCUGAGUUAUCAGCUCAAGUUCGUGGAUGGCUCGAACCUGUAUGUGUAAAUAAAGCGUAACAGUAUGGUGGUUGGUUCUUAAAACAUUUUUUUUUAUUUUACGUUUUCCAUCACAAGCUUAAUUCCAAUUUCAGUUUUUUUAAUUAUCAACAAUUAAACCAUGGGU